UCUAGACCAAGCAAAAGCAGUUCGGGUUUUUAAACAAUUCCUCUCAUGUUUGCUCCCACGUAAUGUUUCAUUGGCGCCAAAACAAAACCCUCUCCUCCCUAAUCCAGUUGGAUGGGACAGACUGAAUGACACGACCUGCUGCGAUCUGAAAGGCAUCUCGGGAGAAGGGUUCAACGAAAAGACCAAACUGGACACCCUUUCAUGAAUGCCGGUACACAUGCAUGAAAUCCCUAGGACAUAGUGACAUGCAUUCCUUCCGCCAUUUAAGGAAGUCAUUAUGGGCAAAUCGGUCAAACCACUGAAGUUGUGUUAGGCAUAGCCAGGCACGGGUGGGAAUUGUUGUCACAAGUCCUGAAAUGUGGUUGGUCACUACUCCACUUGCAAUAGACAGCAAGGUAAAGAAUCUUGCAUAACCACAGGUCACGUUCUAAGUCGUGGGGACUGUGGAAUCGCACGCGGGAAUCUACUGAUGCUAGUAGACAAUGACCACCAUGUUGGAGAGGCUCCCACCCCCAUGAUAGCCUUCUGAGAGACGAAACGGCCCUGUCCUUCUGCCAGCAACUCGUCGGUGAUUGUGCCACGUGCCUUUCGACAACAUGUGAGUAGUUUAUUGAUGAGAUUCGUGAAACCUUUUUUACUGCACAUUUUUUUUACGAACGUCGUGUCUUUUCCGUGCCCUUGCUCACGUUUUGGCGUAUCUAUGGAUACCGAAGUGAGAUUCCUGACAGUAGCGCUUUCUCCUUGGCAAAUACUUCACGUUAGUGUUUGGGGGCGCUGGAUGGGGGUUCAUGCAGGAGGUGAAGUUGCUGUCCUUUUUUGUUUAGUCCUUUAACCGCCCGUGAGUAGGUUUUGUUGGGCUUUUUGCGGGGCUCCGAUGCCUUGUGUGAGUACAGUAAUUGGCAGGGUAAAGGUGGGCCUAGUCCAUGACAGUCGCAACGUUGAAAGGGAAAAAAUAUUUUGCUGCGAUGUUAACGGAACCGAAGAAAGAAAACUGGGGGGAUUUAUCUUGUUUGGACUAAAGAAAGAAAAAAGAGUUUGAGGUCCAAUUGCAACUGGUUUAUCUUUAGUUUUGUGUAUGGGCCCAUGUCUUGGAUAGACUGGAUGCGUCCGGCCGUAAAUAUUUUGAAAGGGGGUUGGUUUCCGGCCCUAAAUGUGUUUGGGCGGGUUGACCAGUCCCUUCCUUCAAUUUCAGGUUGAUCUUACCACCGAUGACCAGACGGAGAAGAUCCCAUGGUAAAUUCAUGCAAAUCAUGAAUUUGAGACUGGCGUCCUAUCUGCCAGGCGAAGGAGCGUUCUCGCAGGCAAGGAACCUGCUGCUGUCGUUAACAUAGGCAAACUAGUGAGUAUGACAGUGCAGGACAUUCCAAAGUCUAUGAACCUGGUGUUCCGCCCGACCGAUGACAUGAAUCUGUCCGGAGUGGAGUUGGUCGUCGCGACGUAUAUCUUCAUGCGACAUCUUCCGGAGAGCGAGAUUCUUAUAGACAUCGGGGACUGCUAUGCCACUCGGGGAGCGCUCAUGACUCUGGCACCGAAGAUGGAGGUUGUGGACGAUGUGCUGAACACGGUGGUCUGCAUGCUCACACUAGCAUCGAAUACAAAUGCUUGGUUCCUGCCAAUGACAAUCAUGCAAGCUGCAGUCGGCGGACGGUCUCUCACUUCAGCUAACAUAAGGUCCAUACGUAACAACUACAUGCGCAGUAAGGUCGACCAGGUGACCCGGGUGUAUCAGCCCAUGUGGUGUGACCAACACUGGUACCUAAUGAUAAUCGACGUCCGUGAGCAGAAGCUGAUCUACGUAGACUCACUUAGAGACCCACGUGAAGCGGACGCAAGGAAAACGGCCAUGAUGCGCGUCGCACUUUACCUGGAGGGAAUGACACUGGGAAAUUCGUGGCUCUCCGGUGACGGGGCGAUGCGUCCCCGGUUCUUUGCGUUUAAAUAUGAAGAGCCUGAUGUGCCUCAGCAGGUAGCAGACUCCAUGGACUGUGGCAUCUGGGUAGCACAAUGGAUGAUACGAGCGCACAUGUGGCAAGACUACGGGGUGCAGCAUGUCAACGCUGCCACUCGGAUGCGCUUAGCAGUAGACUUGGUGAUGAAGUCUCACAACCAACUUGCACAGGACUCCGUAUCCGAAGCAUUCGCACACUGGCAGACGGAAACUGCGUAGACUAAGCGUGCCCUUUCCAAGGCCAAGUCGCGAUGGUAAAUAUUUGUUACUCGGUAACGUGUGGGCAGUUAUUUUUUGGAUCGCCCAUCUGUAUUGGUUACCAUGGGGCAAUUAUUUUUUGUACAGAUCAAUUGUUUAGGAACUUUCGGGACAUUUGAUUUUUUGAUAGCACUU